AUGGAUCUUCAAAACCAAUUGCAAACCAUCCAAUUUUUGAUUAUGGAGUAUAAUCGAACUUCUAUGUUGCCGUUCGCCAGAGAGUCAGUGCUUCGAAAAAUAAGAAAUCUUUGGGAAUUGUACAUUCGUUGUAAACGUGCAACAAGGUUGAGGAAUUUUAUUCCAUCAGUUAGACGAUUUUGGGUGCGACCCAUUUUUAGUGCUGAGAGAAGAUAUCAACAAGGAGACAGUGAUAAUUUGCUUAAAGAAUUACGAGAAGAUGAGGACCAUGAAAAGUAUUUCACAUACCUUCGUGUUCUACCCAAUAUCUUUGAACAACUACAUGAACUUGUUCAACCUAUUAUAGAAAAGCAACAAGUGGUUCGUGAUCCCAUCUGUUCUAGAACUCGAUUGGAAAUAACACUUCGAUAUUUGUGUACCGGAGAUUCAAUGGUGUCUCUUUCAUUUGCAUUCAGAGUGGCACACAAUACCAUUUCACUUAUAGUACGUGAAACAUGUCAAGCAAUAUAUGACUGUUUAAAAGAUGAUUAUUUUCUUCAACCAUCUGAAGAAAAUUGGAAGAAAAUCAGUGACGAUUUUAUCAGUUUGUGGAAUUUUGAUAAUUGCUUGGGAGCGAUUGACGGCAAGCAGGUUGAAAUACAAGCUCCAGGGAACAGCGGAUCUCUUUAUUUCAAUUACAAGGAGGAUUUUGGUGUUAACUUGAUGGCUGUAUGCGACGCAAAAGCACGAUUUCUUGUAAUAGACGUCGGAGGGGAAGGGAGAAGAAGCGAAAACGGUGUUUUACGAAGCAGUAAAUUUUAUAACAGGCUUGUUAAUGAUGAUCUUUUCAUACCACCUCCAAAAGCAUUAGGAAAUGAUGGUCCAGUUGCUCCAUACAUUUUCGUUGGAGAUGAAGCUUUUACGGGUUUCAAUCGAGUUUUAAUACCUUAUCCUAGAAGAGACAAUUUGAACAACAAAAUGAAAGUAUUCAAUUACAGACUGAGUCGCGCAAGGCGAAUUGUCGAAUGCGCUUUUGGAAUUUUAGCAACACGCUGGAGAAUUUUUCUAAGGAAAAUUAACGCUUCAGUUCCAACAAUUAAAAAGAUAAUUUUAGCUUCUGUUGCGUUACACAAUUUUAUAUUAAGCUUAGAAGAAAAUGCUCCAGAAAAUGAACGACCAUAUCAGACGUUACGUUCAGAAGAUAACAUUGCUAAUGGAGCUUUUAGGAACAUUGAACGAAAUGUUAAUGCUGACCAAGAAAAUUCUGUGCAAGCAAGAGAAAUCUUUUCUGAUUAUUUUUACGACAAAGGAGCUGUGGAAUGGCAGUGGGAGAAAGUUUUAAAAAACAAUUUUUAA